UUCCUCCUCCUGUCUGCUCCUACCUUUCCUAUUUUUUAUCCGUUCAUUCUCUCAUUAUCUGUCUCCCUCUGUCAAGAAAAAAAUGUCUGCUAGUAUUUAUUGAGAAAUCUUUCAUGGUUUUGAUCCGUCAAAACCUCUCAUUCUCCCAUUCUCUCUCUCUACCUCCGUUUCCCAAUCAUGGGUUCUUGCCUUUCUGCCAGCAAAGUCAUUGGCUCUAGUAGCAGCACCACCGUCAAUCACAACCGCAAUGAGGGCACCGUGCCCCAGACGAGGACUAUCGCAACGAAGAAGCAGGAGGCUUCGACCCAUCAGCGUCAGAGCAAAGCGAACGGGAAGAAUUCGCUUCAGCUGAAGCCCAAAAACAAGCCAGUCUCGAGGCGGCAAAGCGGGACGAUCCCCUGUGGGAAGCGCACAGAUUUCGGGUAUGCCAAGGAUUUCAACGAACGCUACACGAUUGGAAAGUUGUUAGGACACGGUCAGUUCGGUUACACCUACGUUGCCACGGACAAGGAGAAUGGGGAUCGAGUCGCAGUGAAGAGAAUUGAAAAGAAUAAGAUGGUUCUUCCUAUUGCUGUUGAGGAUGUGAAGCGAGAGGUCAAGAUAUUGCAAGCACUUACUGGCCAUGAGAAUGUGGUUCAGUUUUAUAAUGCGUUUGAGGAUGAUUCCUAUGUGUAUAUAGUGAUGGAGUUAUGUGAGGGUGGCGAAUUGUUAGAUCGGAUAUUGGCCAAGAAGGACAGUCGUUAUACUGAGAAAGAUGCGGCGGUAGUUGUGCGGCAGAUGCUCAAAGUUGCAGCUGAAUGUCAUCUACAUGGGCUGGUACACCGAGACAUGAAACCAGAGAAUUUUCUAUUUAAGUCAACUGGAGAGGAUUCAUCUCUGAAAGCCACAGAUUUUGGUUUGUCAGAUUUCAUUCAACCAGGAAAGAAGUUCCAAGAUAUUGUUGGUAGUGCUUAUUAUGUUGCUCCUGAAGUGCUAAAACGAAAGUCAGGACCUGAAUCAGAUGUCUGGAGUAUUGGUGUUAUUACCUACAUUUUGCUCUGUGGGAGGCGCCCCUUCUGGGAUAAGACUGAAGAUGGUAUAUUUAAGGAGGUGUUACGAAAGAAGCCUGACUUUCGCCGCAAACCAUGGCUGAGCAUAAGCAAUAGUGCUAAAGAUUUUGUAAAAAAGCUACUGGUGAAGGAUCCUAGGGCAAGAUUAACUGCUGCUCAGGCUCUAUCACACCCGUGGGUUAGAGAGGGAGGAGAUGCAUCGGAGAUCCCUGUGGAUAUAUCUGUUCUAAGUAACAUGCGACAAUUUGUAAAAUACAAUCGUUUGAAACAGUUCGCGCUAAGGGCACUGGCUAGUACACUUGACGAAGAGGAGCUUGCUGAUCUUAAAGAUCAAUUUGCUGCAAUUGAUGUGGAUAAAAAUGGUUCUAUUAGUCUAGAAGAAAUGAGACAGGCCCUUGCUAAAGAUCUCCCUUGGAAGCUGAAAGACUCACGUGUCUUAGAGAUUUUGCAAGCGAUUGACAGCAACACGGAUGGCCUUGUUGAUUUCACUGAGUUUGUAGCAGCCACACUACAUGUGGAUCAAAUGGAAGAGCAUGACUCUGAGAAGUGGCAGGAGCGGUCUCGAGCUGCUUUUGAGAAAUUCGACAUAGAUAAAGAUGGCUUUAUUACUCCGGAGGAACUGAGACUGCACACGGGUUUAAGAGGUUCCAUUGACCCACUUCUUGAGGAGACUGAUAUUGACAAAGAUGGGAAAAUAAGUCUGUUAGAAUUCCGUAGACUUCUAAAAACUGCAAGCAUUAGAUCGCGAAGUGUGGCUAGCCCUACUGCUCGUCAGAGUUCCCAGAAGAAAUAGAUCCAAACUGGAGUUUUGAACAUCAAGAGAAAUGAUAAGAGGCCAAGAUAGGCGGAGUUCCUUUCCUCUUAUUUCAUCUACUUUAAUCCUAGAGAUGUCCUCCUCGAUUACUUCUAUAACCACUCCUGUGGGUCCUUGAAGUCAAGUGAUUAUAGGAAUCUGGAUAGGAUUGUGAAUACCUUACAGCCCAGAUCUUCGAUUUAGAGUUGGUGUGGAUCUGAAUGGAAGAUGACUCCAGGUAUGAUGGUCAUGCUUGUGUACAUCCCUGCAGAUUGUAAUGUGACUAUAAAUGAACUCUUGAUGGAAAUUCGGGAUUUCAAUUCAUUUAUGUUUAUAAUAUGUUCUUAGAAGUAAUUUCUACCAAUUUA